UAUUUGAUUCUUUUUUCAAAGAACUAUAAAAUUGAAUCAGCGUCGCUUGCACUUAAAAAGAGUAAUACAGUCUAUGACAUCGUCGCUACCAGGUACCAAUCAACCCUCUCUGUUCAAACCUCCAACUCUAAAAUUCAGGUAAAAAGAACAAGACGAUGCCGUAUCUGCCACCACACCUCAGGAACUCCACUUCAAACUCAAUGAGCAAAGCAUCUCCCACCAACUCCUCUGUAGCAACCCUAAACACUGACAACUCCAAGCUCUCAUUUUCUUCAAAUUCAAAUUCUGUCGCCUCCUUCUCUAAUGCCUUUCGUCGGACCGCCGCUGCUCAAACCCUCCCUGAACCUUUUUUCGCUACCUGGAAACCCUCCGACCGCAUCCUCCGCUUGCAACCUCAACAAAUUGAAGAGGUACGUUCGCGGCUUCAUGUUGAUGUUAACGUUGGUUCACGCUCUCUUCCUGCUCCUCCACCAAUUGAAUCUUUUUCAGACAUGUGUUUGCACCCUAGUAUCGUGAAGGAUAUUGAGUUUCAUGAAUAUACAAGGCCAACUUCUAUUCAGGCUCAGGCGAUGCCGGUAGCUCUUAGUGGAAGGGAUCUGUUGGGUUGUGCUGAAACUGGUAGUGGUAAAACUGCUGCAUUCACCAUCCCUAUGAUACAGGUCAAGAGUUGGUUUAUAUUAAAACAAAGGAUGUUGUAUUUUCUUUGUCAUCCUGUGAUGAUAAUUUGUAUGUAUCCUGCAGAUGGUAGUCAUUUUUAA